ACUAACGGAAAACGGUGGAUGUUCUCCAAAAUCGUAAUUUCCAACCUGAUCCAUCCACGAGAGAAGACCAUUUUUUUUUUCCACUCCGUCCUUCCCUUCUCUCCGAUUUGACUCUAUCCGAGCUAGAGCCAUGGGGAGGGGGUCGAUGGAUCUGGCUGCUGCAGCAGCGGCGUUGCUGAUUUUGUGCUUCGGGAUAGCUGGAGUAGCGUCGGACGCUUCCGAUCACCGCUACAAGAAAGGGGACCCCGUCCCUCUCUACGCCAACAAGGUCGGUCCUUUCCAUAACCCUAGUGAAACAUAUCGUUACUUUGAUCUACCCUUUUGCACUCCAGAGCAUUUAAAAGAGAAAAGGGAAGCCCUUGGUGAAAUUUUGAAUGGAGAUCGCCUUGUUGAUGCCCCCUACAAACUUGAUUUUCGAGAAGAUUUUAAAUUCAAGGAGCUUUGCAAGAAGAAACUCAAACCGGAAGAUGUUGCUAGGUUUAGGGAUGCUGUCGCCAAGGAUUACUAUUUCCAGAUGUACUAUGAUGACCUUCCUAUCUGGGGAUUUGUUGGGAAAGUUGACAAGGAAGGAAAAGAUCUGAGUGAUUACAAAUACUAUCUUUUCCGACAAAUGCAAUUUGAUAUACUCUACAAUGAGGAUCGUGUGAUUGAGAUUAGUGUUCAUACUGAUCCUAAUGCACUGGUGGAUAUUACUGAGGACAGGGAUAUUGAGGUAGAUUUUACCUACUCUGCUAAAUGGCAGAAGACAAAAACAACAUUCAAGAAGAGGAUGGAGAAGUACUCACAAACCUCUUCCCAGCCUCACCAUCUGGAGAUUCACUGGUUCUCCAUCAUAAAUUCAUGUGUUACUGUUCUUCUAUUGACUGGGUUCCUAGCAACAAUUCUCAUGCGUGUGCUGAAGAAUGAUUUUGUGAAGUAUGCUCAUGAUGAGGAAUCUACUGAGGAGCUAGAAGAGACCGGGUGGAAGUACAUCCAUGGUGACGUCUUUCGGUUUCCAAAAAACAAGUCACUUUUUGCUGCAUGUCUUGGUUCUGGCACUCAGUUGUUUGCUCUCACCGUGUUCAUUUUUAUUCUUGCACUAGUUGGGGUUUUCUAUCCUUACAACCGUGGGUCUCUGUUCACUGCUCUGGUGGUCAUAUAUGCACUUACCUCUGGCAUUGCUGGAUAUACUGCUACCUCUUUCUACUGUCAGCUUGAAGGGACAAACUGGGUAAGGAAUUUGCUGUUGACAGGAUGCCUUUUCUGUGGACCUUUGUUCAUGACAUUCUGCUUUCUGAAUACUGUUGCUAUUGUGUAUAGCGCUACUGCAGCAUUACCAUUUGGAACCAUUGUUGUCAUUGCUCUCAUAUGGGUAUUGGUAACUGCUCCAUUGCUUGUUUUGGGUGGAAUUGCUGGUAAAAAUAGCAAAUCAGAGUUUCAGGCCCCUUGCCAGACAAAGAAAUAUCCAAGAGAAAUUCCCCCAUUGCCUUGGUACCGAGGAACAAUCCCACAGAUGGCAAUGGCUGGUUUUCUUCCUUUUAGUGCAAUUUACAUUGAACUUUACUACAUAUUUGCUAGUGUGUGGGGCCACAGGAUAUACACAAUCUACAGUAUUCUGUUCAUAGUAUUCAUCAUCCUUCUUAUUGUGACAGCUUUCAUUACAAUUGCACUAACCUACUUUCAACUUGCUGCUGAAGACCAUGAAUGGUGGUGGAGGUCUUUCUUAUGUGGGGGAUCCACUGGUCUAUUUGUAUACGCCUACUGUUUGUACUACUACUAUGCCCGCUCGGACAUGUCUGGAUUCCUGCAGACCUCCUUCUUCUUCGGGUAUAUGGCUUGCAUCUGCUAUGGCUUCUUCUUGUUGCUUGGUAUGGUUGGCUUCCAUGCAGCUUUGCUGUUUGUACGCCACAUCUACAGAUCCAUAAAAUGCGAGUAGCAUAUCAGUACCCACGAUUGGUUGGAUGAAAGCCAUUGCAAAGGUAGCCUGCUGCUUUGGGACCAGGAGUAAUGCCAUUCCAGAAAGUCUAGUUACAGUUUAUUAAAGAUAGGUGACGAGUUUCUCGUAGCUGCCCAUUCUUUCUCACUUGUACUGUGAAACAGUUUGGCAACACUUGAUCUACGUGUAAGACGCAUCUUUCUGAUAACUUGAUGCAACAUCUUUAAUUCAUAUGAGAAAGCAUUUGCUAUGCGAUAGUUCAUCUUCA